CGUGUGUAUUAUAAACCUUCAGUAAAUAAUAUUGACUCAAAAUAUACCUAGACAACAUGAUGAUAUCCUUACCUUGAGAAAACGCAUGCCUCCUGUAAGGCCGAGGGAUUCCCACAGAUCCACCAAAGAAGAAGCAUCAGCAUAACUGUAGAAACACAAACAAUGGAAAGACGUCCAAAGGUCGUCAUCAGCGAGAGUGAUCAACUGGUUGACCUACAUAACGUCAGGCACCACGAUCUCGCCCAGAGCGAUAGAAGAGAUCCCGAAACGACCAAUGAUCCCGAUGGUUGUCAUAUUGAAACUAUCAUGCUGGAUCAUCAAAGUCCUGAUCAUACGUUCUCUCUUCACCCCGGAGAAAUCGUGUUCGCCAAGUCUUGGGACGAACAAGACCACUUCACGCUAUUUAGUGCUUUAGCCACCUUCGUGUGUAUCGUGUCCUACAUUAUAAACAUUGGCACUGAUGUGGCUGUAAGUUACUUACUUUUCUUGGAAGACAACCUCUGGUGGUUUGGACUCACAGUGGCUAGUACAGCUAUUCCGGCACUAACGGUCAACAUUUUCAGCAUUCGCUGGUACAUGCACGAUGCACAUGAGACAAAAAUGCAAUCGGGGGCAUUACCUAAGCCUCACACGUCGAAACUAGACUGGACGAUUCGUAUCUUCUUUCACAUCGUGCUACUGGGCCCAGUACUCAGGUAAUUCUA